AUGGCGGCGCGAUCCGGCGCGGCGCCGCUGUUCAGCAACCCACUGGGCCUGUCCCAGGCCUAUGAGCUGCUGACGUCGAUAAAUGUGAUCGUCGUGCGUACACAUGGGACUUCCGACGAGUGCUACGCGCGAUGUGUAGAGUACCUGCGGACUCGGAUGCGUUUUGUGUCCGUAAAUGACCUGCGGGCUACGCAGCCGAACUACGAACCGGGCGCGAAGGAACGACAGCACGAGCGUUACGUGCUGUCGAUUAACCAGUCCGACACCCUGGCGGUAGCGGCGGAGAUCGAGGCUUCGUACAUAUCGGCGGAGAGCGUGACCCGCAACAUCCUGUUUCCCGACGUGUCGUCGGCGCCUUACGUGCUGGGAGCCUCGCCAAAAACCAGCGCAGUCGACGAGACGAGCCUGUUUACCAUCCGGUACAUCGAGGAAGGCUUUCCGCAGUACCUGGACUCCGGACUCUUCUACCAGGGGACCGUAUCGGCCGGGAUUGUCAUCCACGACACCGAGGUCGAGAACAACCAGGAGCUCAAGGAUCUGUUUUACGCCGAGGUCAACCGCCUCUACGAUCGCUACGGAGUUUCGGUCGUCCACAUGCUAUGCCGCUCCUCGCGCGGUUUCGAGCUUUUUUCCCGCGAGUACCUCUGCCCGCUCUACCCGUGGCUCAAGUACAGCGAGCGCUCGCACAGGCUGCGGGUUGACACGAGCAACGAUCUCUUCUCGAACCACAUCCUCCACAAAUCCAACGCCCGCGAGACCAUCAUCCUGUACAGCUCGUGCGACAGGAUGACCUACUUCUUGCGAGAGCUGAUGGUGCACUGCUUGGUCUGCGUUCUGCGGAUGCUCAUGGCCGCACUGGAGAACGACCGGUUGCCCGAGAGCCAGAUCGUCACUCGGUAUGACAACCCCGAACUUCUGAACGGGUUAUCGAGGAAGCAACGCGCGCAGCUCAACACGGCGAGGACGCUGAAGAUCCACGGUGACAUUUACCUCAUGUUGAACAACCUGCCCAAGGCGAUAGCCACCUACACCCUGGCGAAGCAGCGCUGCAAAAAAGUGCAAGACGAGCUGUUUCGCAGUUCGGCAGGGUUCUGCCUCGCAAUCGCCCUAUCACGGCUCUCACAGAUCAAGGAGCAGGAGCACAAAGACGCGACUGCCGCGGGCACCGGGCGGGCGGCUUUGUUGGGGUUGGUUGCGCAACCGCCAACGCGCAACACACUUCGGUGCGGUGCCAGAAACGACUGCUGUAAGGACGACACGGGCGACUACGCACUCACAACGGAUGUUGUGAAUGCCCACAUCGCCGCUGCAGCGCGACAUGCAGCGCCCCACCGGUUUUCAGCAGCCCAUGACAUGCAAUCAGACGACGUGAUGGGCGCCGAACACGCGCACGUGCGAAAUCCCAGGUCGCUGAGAUCGACUCCGAGGUCGCCGGCGUUAGAUGCGAUGUCCAGCGUGCCCGGCAGCCCGCAGUCCUACUACAUUUCCGAGCAUGGGGACGCAGUCACGGAAGACGAGCGCAACGCGACGAACACGCCCACCGUAAACGGCUCAGCCCAGCACUCACCCACGAACAUGAAGAGCAUACGGUCGGCGGGGAUGACGAUGCUGCCGCUGCCUGCCGACUUCGAGCCGCAGUCGGCCCAGCCGCGUGAAGCUGAGGGCGCGGCACCGUACGUGGACAAGAACGCCGAAAGGAUAGUGCGCACCUUCACCAAGGCCGCCACCCGGUGGCUCCAGCUGGCACGGGUGCCCGGCAGGGAACUUGAGGUAUGCCUGCCGAUCAUGAUGCACUACCUGCGCGACAAUGGGCACCACAGGCAUCUGCAUUGGAUCAUCGCGCGUAUGGUGGAGCUGGCGGACACGUGCCUGUCGGCCGUGGAGUACACCAACGUGCUGCGCUACGCCAUCGACGUUACCCGCGGCGAGCCGUUUCGGCGCAAGUGGAGCUUCUACAACUUCCUCUACGAGCACCGAAGGCUGGCCAACGGUUUCGCGGUACCCAGGGAGAUGGUGGACGAUGUGGUCAGGCGCUUUGGGCUGGUGACGUCGCUGCCCGAGGAGGCCCCUGCUUCCACCAGCAUCUGCCCGUCAAGCGCUGGACUGCCGUCGGUGUGCUCGCUGCAUCACCAAUCGGAUAUCCCGUCGCUGCAGGCGUCAGCGCGCACCGCAACUCCGCAGUCGCAACCGGCCGACAAUAGCCCCUCGAUUGACCCUUCGCAGUCUCCAGUCAGCGAGGCGGCGACCGGUGUCGCCCACGUGGCUGGUGUUGCUGGCUCAGCCAUUGUUCAUCGCACGCAACAACCGGGGACUCGUGCCACGAGGUCGCUGCAUUUCGAGCCCAACAGCCGGCUCAGCACACCCAGUGUGGACCACGCGGACGCCGCACCGACUGCACGGAUGGCGCCGGAGCUGGCGGACCAGUUCGCCGAGGCCAGUCUCAGCGUUGUCAAAAGGUUGGCAGUCGGGCAGUCCACCGUGCAAAGCGCGUCGAAUGCGGUGCUGCGGUACCACCCUCGACACAAACGCAGCUACCAUUCCGACGCUUCGGGUGCGUUACUCGAUAUCGCCGCCCUCACGGAUUCGCCCUUCGCUGCUGAUGCGCCCGGCGUGUACCCGCGGUUUCCGGAGCCGUUGGAGCGCUCGCUUGAGCGGGUGACGCGGAUCAUCGGGCAGCCGUCUGUCUGUAACUUCUGGCGGAACGAAGGCAUCACCGCGGACUGGCGGCUGACGCAUUUCUUCGGGAUCUCGCGCGCAUAUAUCGACGUGGCGAUGCGCGAGUGCGACGCCUACGGCAUGAGGCUGCAGAAUGCCCACCUCUCGCUGAUCAGCUUCAUCAUGGCGGCGGAGCGGCUGCUGCUCCACACGUCACGGAACCGCCCCCUGUCCCGAUGCAGCUCCACAACCAGCAAGCCGGGUGAGGAGAAGGCCAAGCCUAAAGAGGGCGCUGGUAAACCCGAGGGCGACAGCGGCAAACCGGAGGGUGGCAGGACCAAGAUAGACGGGGAAGCCAACGACCUCCGCAGUGACGCCCCAACCAAGGACCCCUACAACCACGACGCAGUCUGCCACGACUUCCUAAAGCAUCACGUCGAUCAGAUCGUCGCCAACUGCCGCGUUGUCGGCACCGGCGGUAGGUACUCUCUGUUCGACUUCGACCACGUUGUGCUCGCAUCGGACGUGUCCGACGCGCUGACGCUCCCACGACGUGGUCACCGGCGCGUUGAGAUGAGCACCGCAACGGCGCGCAUCCCGAUCAACCUGUGCUACUCCAACCGGAACCUGCUCUACAUACUGGGCGGGCACGGCGGGUCGAACCUGGUGGUGCCGCACGUAUGCGGCAUGGACUACGUGCCACCGCGGGUGGGGAGCGACGACGUCAUCCACGUCAAGUCGAACGUUAACAUGGUACACUCCGCGCGUGCUCGGCAUGCAGGCAGCAAGACGGACCACAUAUUCAAGCUGCGUGACACGCGUGGCUACAGGUGCAGGUGCGUUUGCGACUUCUCUCGCUGGGCGCACAGCAACGGCUCGAUGCCGUCGUCGUCGCGAACCGUGGAAAGCGCGAGAAGCGCGGCCGAUGCGCCCUACGGCACCCCUCGAAAGGGCGCACUGGGGCUGCCACGCUAUGGUGCUGUGUCCUCCGAACCGCGCUGCCGGGUGGUCAACCAAGCGUCGUCGAAGGUGCCGAAAUGUAAAUUAGUCAAGGUUGACCCCGUGCUUGCGGAGUUGGUCGCCACCAAUUCGGCUGCGGACGAGCCACAUCCGCGGGAGGACGCCAAGGGCCACGAGGCGCGGCCUCGAGCCAUCGACGUUGACGUUGGCACCGUCCAGUCAAUAGAAGUGCGACUGUGGAACCCACUGCCAGUGCAGUUCGUGGUUGAGGACCUGACCUUGAUAACCGUGGGCGCCCGUGUGGAUGUCGUUCGGCGCAGUGUGACCGUACCACCCUCGGCCAAGGAGCAAAAGGUGCUGAUCCGGUUCGUUACGCGGUCCAAGGGCCGCGUGGAUGUGGUGGGCGUCACCUUCCGGAUGCUGGGCUUCCUGCGCUGUAGCCAGGUUUUCCUCCGGGUGCCGCCGCCAGUGGUGCGCUCCACUGUGGAGUCGGUCACUGCGGAGCCGUGGUCGCUGCACGAGCGUGCCGCCGACCUCGUCAGGGACGGACGCGGGAUCAUGUUCACCGUCGGCAACGUUGUGUACAGGCCCAACGUGAGUUACCAGAGCACGCGGAUCACGGUGCCGCGGAAUGUGCGGAACAACCUGGAUCACGUCCUGUGCUCGGGCACCCGGAGGCGCAGCGGGCGGCAUGACCGCUCCCGCCACCCCGUGAACUUCAUCAGGACGUCGUCCAUAGUGUCGCACUGCACGCAGCGGUGCGAGUCGGACCUCUACGCGUCGCGGUUUGGGGUGAGGGUGCCGGCAUCGAGUGACGCCUCGGUGCCGCAGACGGUCAGGCUGUGCUACAGGGACACGUGCUGGAUCUGCUGCCUGACCAGGCAGAAGGGGCGGGAGAUGGUGGUGCAAGACGCGCCGCAACUGGACCUCAUAGAGGGCGAAGAGCGGCUCAUCUAUGUCACCGUCCACAACGACUCGGUGAACGUGAUCCUGUCAAACGUGGCCGUCUCCGUCCUGCCGGUGCUCGACGAGCCGGAGGCGCUGUGCGAGGUGAUGACGCUGAGCGACCGGGAGUACGCCACCAUGAAGCAGCGCGCUGACAUUGCCCAACGCGCCAGCGCGUCGGUGCGCAAUUUCACGGUGCUGGCGGACAAGGCGGUGUCCAUGCGGAACACGAUCCCCGGGCUGAGCUCCAUCAACAACGCCGAGUCCCCGCGUAGCCACUGCUCGCUGGGCAGCUCGACGGCCAGCGCCCAGCCCAUGCUGCAGGCGCCCGCUGCGGUGCUGCCAGGCACCACCCUCUACAUACCCAUACUCUACCGUGCCGCCAUAACCGCGUCCAGGUUCCACGUCAGGGUCGACUACGAGUACAGCGAGCGUGACGGGCCCGUUCGGGCGGCCAUCUACAAAAGGAUCAACCUCGCGGUGUCGAAGGGCAUAUCGAUAGGGCAAAUGGGGAUGAUCGUGAAGCCGCGCGUCAGCUUCGACAUUGCGGCGCUGGUUGCCACCCUGAAGCAGCGCCACCUGCAGCUGUCGACGCUCGGGGCCCUGCAAAUGUACAAGCACGUGUUCGACGACCAGGAGGUGGACGUGAUACUGAGCGUGGCCAACGCCACUGACGAGCCGUUUUUGUGCCUGAGCGGCGGCGCCAACAGCGCGUUCGUCGCGCUGCCCAAGGCGGAGUCGCACUGGAGGAUCACCGCGCGGCGGCUGCUCUACGUCGAGGCUAAACGCAUGUGCCCGUUCUCGUUUGUGCAACUGCUCGACCACCACAUGGCUCUGCGCUGGUCUCUAGGUGAGGUGCGUGAGGGCGAGCUGCGCAUCAGCGACCUCACGCACCAGAAGCCGAAGCCCAUGCCCGGAUCCAGGGCCGGCCGACGCCUGUUCUCGAAGCGCGAAUACAAGACCGCCGUGCUGCGGCAAUGCACCAGGCCUGCGCUCUGGCGGAUGAAGGUUGCUGGGCGCCCGCUCUCCAUCGUGCGCUACUCGAGGGUGCCGGAGAUCGUGCACACCAACCUGCACCACCUGGUGGAGUCGAAAAUAACGAUGGACAUUUCCGUGACGGCGGACUCGCCGGGCGCAGUCAGCGCGCCGGACACCCUGCUCAACGAGUCGUGCGUGACCACGAUGGAAGGCACGCCGUUCACGGUGAAGGUGUUUGCGCGCAACAACGGCGACGUGCCCGUGCACAGCUACACCACGGUCAUCGUGCCGUUCCUCUACGGGGCAUGCGGCCACCCUCGUGGCCUCCGCUGGACGGGCGCGCUGGAGCAGGUGGGCAUGCAGCACCUGCUGCCUGCCGCUCGGAUCGUCACGCGCACGCCGGCCCCGACCACCUCCGACGUCGGCAGCCCCCGGAGCCAGCAACAUCAGGGCAGCCCCUCGCCUCGGGGCAUUGAGAUAUUAGAUAGGCAGGUGCCAGUGGCACACCUGUCGUUGGUCGCGCACGAGAGCAGCAUCUACGGGGUAACGGCGGCGAUCGUGGUCCGCCGCGACCAGGCUGUCUACUGGCAUCACAGGCCCGUGGUCAUCCACGUGGUGCCCCGGAGCUAG